AUGGAUCCUCCACUCUGUUCUAAUGGCUGUGGCUUCUUUGGUUCCCAACAAAAUCAAAACAUGUGCUCUAAGUGUUACAAGGAUCAUAUUCUGAAGCUCAAUGAACAGAUCUGUGAAUCAAUGAGAGAUAUCACUGUAUCGUCUUCUUCUCCUUCUUCCUCUAAUGGGUCCUCGAUCCAGAUGAAUUUUAAGGCUUCUCUCACUGAAUCUGAUGAAAUCCCAGAGAAAAAGAGAUGCAAGAGUUGCAACAAAAAGGUCGGAGUCACAGGAUUCACGUGCCGAUGUGGAGAUUUAUUCUGUGGAAAACAUAGAUAUCCAGAAGAACAUUCAUGUACGGUGGAUUAUAAGCAGAUUGGUCGUGAACUCAUUGAGAAACAAAACCCUAUUUGCAGAGCUCAUAAACAUUCAAGAGUUUAGAUUAUUCUUUUUGAGUUGUAGAUAGUCAAUUAGUUUUUUUUUUUUUCUUUCUUACGAUUGUAAGCU